AUGCAAAGAGUGCCCUAUAGUAGGCAAGCACCACUCUGUCAAACCAACUCGGAAUGGUACCAGUCGACGGGUCUGCCAAGGUUGCUUUCAACACUAUUUGAACAAGAAGAAGGAACAGACAGUGGUAUCUGCAAUAUUUCAGACGGUUCUUCUGUUGGAAGUGUUCAAGUUGGGAGUUUGAACGGAGAUAUCCAGCAUAAUGUUAAUAGAGCUCAGCGAGGAGAAUUUGAGGGUCAGAGAGUUAUAAAGGCUGUUUCCGGGUGCAAGUCUAUGCCUCCUCCAGCUAAUGUGGAUGUACAGGUUAAAGGUGGUAAAUUCAAGGCCGUCGGGGAUGUGACUGCUGUGAUUCCGCACCUUAAUGUUCGUGUUGGGAGCCAUGACCUUCAUUAUAUCCUAUAUACAUACUUACUUCCAAUGUGGCUCAAAUUCUCUCAGAAUAUUCACCUUCUACUAUCUAACAAUAACCUACAUGCGGAGAUACUUCCCCGAAUUCCAGAUGUCAAUGCAAUCAAGGAGAAAUGUUACAAGAUCAAAGGAGUGAAGAAAAUGAAGAGUCUGAUCCGCGGCAAGGGAAUCAAACUCUUCCUUCACAUUGACUUGAAACUGGUGGCCGAGGCUGAGUUCUGGCGCAUUCAGUAUACGGAAGAAGUGCAAUUGAGAAUGAAGGAAAAGACAAAACGGUCACAUCAGUGGCUCCAGUUACUGAUCUCACAUAUAUAA